AUGGAACAGCAGGCAAAUGAGGCUCAUCAGGGCAAUCAAGUAGUUACUGCAACACAGGUGCUGCUGGUGGAGCAGCAUCCUGCUCAUUUCCCAGAGAGCUCUUGUGGUACCUGCAGCUUGGGAACCCCAGGAGCCUUCCUGGCACCUCCUGAGAGUUUGCCACAGCGAACCCAGUCCGGGUCUCCAACAGGAGAGCGCAAGGAAGGAGCGCGGUUCCAGUAUACGAAACCACUCACCUUUGCAGACUGCAUUAGUGAUGAAUUGCCAUUGGGAUGGGAAGAAGCUUACGACCCUCAGGUUGGAGUGUAUUACAUAGACCACAACACCAAAACUACCCAGAUCGAGGAUCCUCGUGUGCAGUGGCGGCGGGAGCAGGAACACAUGCUGAAAGACUAUCUUGUCCUGGCUCAAGAGGCAAUUGCUGCACAGAAGGAGAUCUAUCAAGUGAAACAGCAGAGGCUUGAAUUGGCCCAGCAAGAAUAUCGGCAGCUGCAUGAUGUUUGGGAGCACAAACUGGGCUCUCAGACCAGCUUGCUCUCUGGCUCAUCAUCCAGUUCUAAAUAUGACCCGGAGAUUCUCAAAGCAGAGAUUGCCACCACAAAAUCCAGGGUGAAUAAACUCAAGAGAGAGGUAGCUCACAUGAAACAGGAACUUCAGUACAAAGAGCAUGGAUUUCAAACACUGAAAAAAAUUGACAUGAAAAUGUCUGAUACUCAAGGUGGCUACAAACUUGAUGAGGCGCAAGCCAUCUUAAGUGAAAUGAAAGCUAUCAAGAAGGCCAUCACUUCAGGGGAGAAGGAAAAACAAGACCUCAUCCAGAGCUUAGCCAGGUUAAAAGACAGCUUUGUGAAUGACAGAGGAUCUCAGUCGGACCUGUGGGCCAGCAGCGUCUCCUUAGAGAGCUCCAGCCCUUUGUUACCCAGGCAGUACCUGGAUGUCAGCUCCCAGACAGAUGUUUCGGGAAAUUUUAUUUCAAGCAGCAAUAACCAAUUGGCUGAGAAAGUGAGAUUACGCCUCAGAUACGAAGAAGCAAAGAGAAG